AUGACGGGCCUGGGGGAGAAGAUGCAGCACGCCGGCUACCGGACGCACCUGGUGGGCAAAUGGGACGUGGGGAUGGCUACGCCCUUGCACACUCCGCUUGGGAAGGGAUAUGAUUCCUGGCUGGGCUACUUCCAGCAUGCCAAUGACUACUGGCAAGAAAGCAUGCCCUUAGCAUCCACAGGCAAUGUUGACAUUUGCUUGAAUAAGUUCAGAGACUUCUCCAUCUACAACAGAACGUACCGGGCGGGUGUCACAGAAGCCGUGGCUAGCGAGUUUGGAUGCAAUGCCAAUGUCAAGCAUGUCCAGAAAACGGGAAUCAAGCCGCAGGUCAAUGCAACUGGUUGCAACAAGGAUGAUCCCGACUACUGUCUUCCCGACGGUUGCUUCGAAGAGGCUAUGUUCAACCAGUAUGCCCUGAAGAUCAUCAGGGAGCACGACCGCCACCAGCCCCUCUUCCUCUUCUACUCCUUCCACCUACUCCACACUCCCUUGCAGAUCCCCGAGUCCUACUUGUACAUGGACACCAUGGUGGGCAACUUGAUUGCUGCCCUCAAAGAGCGCCAGAUGUACCAAGACACGCUCAUCGUAUUCACCGCGGACAACGGCGGGCCUGUCUACGAGCCUGGCUCUGCCAACAACUGGCCCUUGAAAGGAGGCAAGUACAGUGACUGGGAGGGAGGCGUGCGAACCAACGCCUUCGUGUCGGGUGGCUUCGUGCCCUGGGCGCGGCGUGGCACGAAGUUCAGCGGUGUGAUCUCCAUCGCGGAUUGGUAUGCAACGCUGGCCACCAUCGUGGGCGUUCCCGUCCACGACGAGAAGGCGGAGGAAGCCAACAAGUACUUGGUUCAGAAUGGCUUGCCCCUGCUACCCCCAGUGGAUGGCCGGCCCCAGUGGGAGAACAUUGUUUGGGACAUCAACGGCCGCAGGGAUGCGCUGCAUCUUAGCCAGGAGGCCCUCCUGUGGUGGCCUUUCAAGCUUGUGACGGGCCAACAGCCGUACAGCUUCCACCAAGGCCCGGUAUACCCCAACUGCACAACGGAAGAAGGUCUGCAUGCAGACGAGGGGCCCAUCUUCUCCGACAUGCAUGUUUUUGGCGAGCCCAUCUACCCGAGCGCGAAUGCCACGCAGCAGGACCAGCUCACGAUGGCCAGCGACUGCGGCUACGGCGGCUGCCUCUUCAACGUGGAGCGCGACCCCGAGGAAUUAGAGGACCUUGCCGCGGACCCGGUCUACUCCGAUUUGCUCUUCCAGAUGCAGAAGAAGCUCUACUACCUCAACGAAGGCAACUUCAACCCCAACCGCGGCGAGCCAGCCGUCGGAGCGUGCCUCCAAGCCGCCGACCUCGGGGGCUUCUACGGUCCUUUCCUAGAGGUUGAUGACUUCUACAAGGGAGUGCACCUCACGGAG